AUGAUAAGAUCUAUUAGAGGGUUCUCCACCUCUAAUCUCCUGCGUAAAGCAGAUAUAAAAGCAUCCAUUGAAAGCACAGCUUCACCAUCGAUUAAAAAGUUAAAAGCUAUACCAACCGCUUUCGACAGAAUUAAAUCUGCCUCGAAUCUAAAAGGUUACAGAAACGCUAAACUACCUCCAGGCACCUAUUUUAUCCCAGCUCCAUCAUCUGCAACGGGCUCUAUCAACAGUGAAACUAUACCUAAGAGUUUCCUUCCCAAAAAUGAUCCAAGAAGAGAACUGGUAGACACAUUGAGAGAAGGCGAGGCUGCCUUGGCUAGGAGUGCCCCUCCAUUGAGUAAUAAAGGUGAAAAAACCUACCACCUAACACCAGCUGAAGUCGAAAAGAUCAAAGAACUAAGGAAUUCGAACCCAGAAAAAUACACAAGAAAAGUUUUGGCCAAGAUGUACAACGUCAGCCCGCUCUUUAUUUCGAUGGUGUCGAACGCGCCUGCCGCAAGAUUGGAGGAAAUGCAGAGAAGAUUGGCCGUAAUACAGGCAUCUUGGCAUCCAGGCCGCGCACAGGCCAGAGAAGACAGGAAAAAGAGACAACAACUCUGGUAUAGAGCCUAA